GCAACUUCACUCUUUCCCCACAGAUUUCAUUGCGGUUUUGGUUCAGCGAGUACAAAGAAAAACGAAGAAAGAUGGCUCAUUCUCUUGCCCAUUUCGCAAUUUCUCUACCCUUUUCCUCCAAACGCUCUAUGAAUCGUUCCAACUCGUCAUACCCAUUUUUACUUACCGAAGCUAAAAGAUGCCGUCCUAUCAUCACCACCAAGGCAAUGACAGGGGAUUUCAGAGAAAAUCUUGACCAUUUGCAAAGGGUGCCAAAAAAUCAAUCUCCACAGCCCAAGAAAAGAACCAUUCAAGUUACUCCAUUAGGAUUAUUGGACAGAUUCCCAACAGCUAGAACAAUGCAUCAAAUGAUGGAUACAAUGGAGAGAAUGGAAGACCCAUUAGCCUACGAGGGAGGAUGGCCAUCCUCACGUCAGACCCAGGCUAGCGGUGGGUUUGGUCGUGGAAGGACGCCAUGGGAGAUAAAGGAAGGUGAGACAGACUACAAGAUGAGAUUUGACGUGCCAGGAAUGACUAAGGAAGAUGUAAAGGUUUGGGUUGAGGAGAAAAUGCUUGCUGUGAAAGCUGAGAAAUUGCCCAAAGAGAAUGAAGAAUGGUCUGCUAAAAGCUAUGGAAAAUACAGCUGCAGAAUAGCUUUGCCUGAAAAUGUAUUGUUUGAGAAUAUCAAUGCAGAGGUCAAAGAUGGUGUCUUGUAUAUUACUGUACCAAAACCACCUACACUGUCCAAAAUUGUUGAGGUUAAUGUCAAAUAAUUCUCUUAAAAAGACUUUGUAAUAUAAGAUGGAUUCAUCAUAUAUAUAUAUAUAUGCAAUCAUCACAGACAUGAUCAAUUCAAUCUGGUUCUAGUUUCUUAUUUA